AUGAAUCAAAUCAUUAAAAUAAUUGAAAGAAAAAUAACUGAAAUAAGCAAAAAAAGCCAAGCAGGUCGAGAAGAAUAUGAUGAAGAACAGGAAAAAUUGUUAAAAAGUCUAUUUUUUGACGAUGGUGAAAUAAAAAAAUACUUGGCAGCAAAAAAGGCGAAAAAAAGUGCCGCCACAGAAGCCCUUAAAACUGAAAAUGAAGCACUAAAAUCAGAAAUAGGCAAAAUAAAUAAAGAAAAUCAAGAAUUAUUUGAUAGCAAUAAAAAACUAGACAAAAAUAAUAAAAAAUUCCAAGCAGAGAUUACCAAAUUAGAAGGUGUUUUAGAAAAUUAUGCUAAUCCCGAAGCCCAAGCAACAAUAAAAACAGUUGUCUCAGAAAAUGCUACUCGGGUAACACAAGAGAAGGAGCAGAAAAAAAUUAAAGAGGAAUUAGUGGCUGCUCGGCAACUUCUUGAAGCCAACCAAACCGAAAAAGAAAUUCAGGAAAAAAAAAUAGAAGAGUAUAAGGAGAAAUUAAAGGAACUUAGCGAAGAAAAUAUUUCGUUGCAAGAAAGGAUAAGGGUCUAUGAAAUUUUUGCUGGUAAAGAAAAGUUAACAACGCCUUCGCCGGCUUCCAGCCAGCACAAUAGUCUUAAUGUUAAGCCAGUUGAGGAUCUAGAUGAUGAAAUCGAUGACCUAAAAGCCAAAAUUAAAGAAUUAAAAAAGCCCUCGCAAGAUAAACAAACUCCAUCAGAAUCAGACCAAAACCAAAAAACAACUAGCCAACCAAGUCCCCAGGAUCCUUCACUAAGGAGGAGCGAUUCUUCAAGCAGUCUUUUGUCAGCCGGACGGAGCCGAAAUCGUUCAGGCUCACGAAGGAACACGGGAGAUACCGGAAAUAUUAGAAGACCAUCGCUAGAAAAAAGACUUAGCCCGACAAUAACCACAAUAACCGAGAAUCCUCUUGUUAGUUCACCCACAUCGGAAAAUAAUGGUUUUUCUUCCCCAGUUUCUGAAAGUUCAAAAGACAGUGUCGGUGACUCCCAUUCCACGACCGAGAAUGGCAAGAAUAUAACUUAUACUUCCAAUAAUGAUAAAUUAAAUAAAUUAGAAGAAGAGCAACAAAAUGACCUUCAACAAGAAGUACCUGCUAACUUUCAAUCAACGACAAACGAGCAGCAAAUUCUUCAAAAGGAAAGAUAUGAACUCCGAUCCCAAAUAAUAGAUAAACUCAAUAAACAAUUAGCAGAAGCCGAAUACAACCUUUCCCUAGCCAAGACAUAUUUAACUGAAUCAAGGGCUGACUUAGCCACUAGCCAAGAAACUGCUGCUAACUUAGUUAUAGAAAAACGAAAAGAAAUGCUGAAAUUUAGUGCUGAAAUUAAUAGACUAAAAGCGAAAAAUGUUGAAGUUGUUGGGCGGUUCGAAACAGCGAGGGAAAAAAACAUUGAACUUAGUGAGAAACUGAAAAAAGAAGAGGAAAGAAGCAGCAACUUUCAUGACGAAGUGGUUAAAUUAAAAGAAAAAGUCGCUGAAUUAGAAGCCGAAUUAGAAAUAGAAUUCUCCAUUCAAAAUACUAUUCCCCAAGAACUAGCGGGAGAAGAGUGUAAAAUUUGCCCAAUUAAAGAAGCAAAAAUAACGGAAUUAAAAACUUCUUUAGAACAAGCCAAUCAAGACUGA